UUCCCCCCGCGCCGCCGCGACCCUGAGCGGGGUCGCGAGAUGCGCGCAGCCCCCGAGAGGGAAAGCCCCGGACGGAGGGGGCUCCCCCGCCACCGUGGAGGCGGCAACACCAGCUGCGGCGCGGGGUCCGCGCAGGUUGAUUCCAGGAGUGAAUUCUAAGAAGCAAUUGUGUUUUGACUGGGGACCCGGGGAGAUGCUGGUGUGUGAAACCUCUUUCAACAACCAAGAAAAAUCAGUGACAGUGCCAAGCUGCCCCUAUAUUUAUAUCAUCCGGAAGGAUAUAGAUGUUUACUCUCAAAUCUUGAGAAAACUGUUCAAUGAAUCCCAUGGAAUCUUUGUGGGCCUCCAGAGAAUUGAAGAAGAAUUGACUGGAAAAUCCAGAAAAGCUCAAUUGGUUCGAGUGAGUAAAAACUACCGAUCAGUCAUGAGAGCGUGUAUGGAGGAAAUGCACCAGGUUGCAAUUGCUGCUAAAGAUCCAGCCAGUGGCCGCCAGCUCAGCAGCCAGGUCUCCAUUUUGUCGGCAAUGGAGCUCAUUUGGAACCUGUGUGAGAUUCUUUUUAUUGAAGUAGCCCCAGCUGGCCCUCUCCUUCUUCACCUCCUUGACUGGGUUCGUCUGCAUGUGUGCGAGGUAGACAGCUUGUCAGCAGAUGUACUGGGCAGUGAGAAUCCAAGCAAACACGAGAGCUUCUGGAACUUGGUGACCGUCUUGGUGCUGCAGGGCCGGCUGGAUGAGGCCCGACAGAUGCUCUCCAAGGAAGCUGACACCAGCCCUGCCUCCGCGGGCAUGUGCAGGAUCCUGGGGGACCUGAUGAGGACGAUGCCCUUUCUCAGUCUUGGUAACACUCAGACCCUGACAGAGCUGGAGCUGAAAUGGCAGCACUGGCACGAGGAGUGUGAGCGGCACCUCCACAAUGGUACAUUCACCUCCAGCCCACGCCUGGAGUCUCUCUGUAAGAUCAUGCUGGGAGAUGAAGAUGCCCUGUUGGAACAGAAGGAGCUUCUGAGUAAUUGGUACCACUUCUUGGUGACUCGGCUCCUGUAUUCUCAUCCCACAGUAAAACCCACUGAUCUGCACUUCUAUGCACAGUCCAGCCUGGACCUGUUUCUGGGAGGUGAGAGCAGCCCAGAACCCCUGGACAACAUCCUGAUGGCAGCCUUUGAGUUUGACAUCCAUCAAGUGAUCAAGGAAUGCAGCAUCGCCCUAAGCAAUUGGUGGUUUGUGGCCCAUCUGACAGACCUGCUGGAUCACUGCCAACUCCUCCAGUCCCACAACCUCUAUUUCGGGUCCAACAUGAGAGAGUUCCUCCUGCUGGAAUACGCCUCGGGACUGUUUGCUCACCACAGCCUGUGGCAGCUGGGGGUUGAUUACUUUGACUACUGCCCUGAGCUCGGCCAGGUUUCCUUGGAGCUGCAUAUCGAGCGGAUCCCUCUCAAUACUGAGCAGAAAGCCCUCAAGGUGCUGCGGAUUUGUGAGCAGCGGCAGAUGACUGAACAAGUUCGCAGCAUUUGUAAGAUCUUGGCCAUGAAAGCUGUCCGCAACAAUCGCCUGGGCUCAGCCCUCUCUUGGAGCAUCCGUGCCAAAGACGCUGCCUUCGCCACACUGGUGUCAGACAGAUUCCUCAGGGAUUACUGUGAGCGUGGCUGCUUUUCCGAUCUGGAUCUCAUUGACAACUUGGGGCCGGCCAUGAUGCUUAGUGACCGACUGACAUUCCUCGGAAAGUACCGUGAGUUCCACCGGUUGUACGGGGAGAAGCAUUUUGUUGAUGCCGCUUCGCUUCUCCUGUCCUUGAUGACUUCCCAGAUCGCCCCACACUCCUUCUGGAUGACCCUCUUAACAGACGCCCUCCCCCUUUUGGAACAGAAACAGGUGAUUUUUUCAGCAGAACAAACAUAUGAGCUGAUGAGGUGUUUGGAGGACUUGACCCCCAGGAGGCCAGGGCGGGGACACCCUGAAGGCCAGCAGUUCCAGGAUGACGACGUAGAGACCACCCAGGUGGAGAUGCUGAGGCUCGCUCUUGCCCGAAACCUUGCUCGGGCAGUAGUGAAGGAAGGCUCAAUGGAAGGUUCCUGAGGCCAGCUGGGAGCCGCUCCAGUGUGGUAUCUUUGUAUGGCAAUGUAUAUAAAUUUUUAAAAGAAUAAAUGUUCUUUUGCAAAUAC